AUGAAUCAAAAAGAACCUAUCUUUUUCACAACAGACUUUUGUCUUAACGGAUAUAAAAGACAAACUACUAACUAUACACAUAUAGAUCCACCUCGUUACUAUUCUUAUGGAAGAGGUGUUAAUCCUGAUGAAUUUUUCUUGGCUGAGAACCUUGCAACAAAAAGAAAUCGUCCUCAUACAUCAUUACGUUCUAGAAUGGAGUUGCCAAAGACAACAGAUCCAUCAGAGAUACAAAAACAGCAACAGAAAGCUUUACAAACAGCAAAAUCUACAAGUAGCUUAUCAUAUCGCUUUCAAAUUGAAACAAUACCAGAAUCUCUGAUGAGCAAACUAAACUUUUACGAGUCAAAGCUUCGAGCAUACAUUUCUUCAGGUGCUGCAACAUUCGAUGAAAUUCGACCUCAUUUUGAAGGCUAUGGAUUCUUUCCUUACACAGUCCAACAAAACAUACCACGGAAAUAUUGUUUAAGUUUAUCAAAUAUAUCACUUUCCACGGAAUAUCUUGAAUUUCCAUUUGAAUCUGUUGAUCAUACUGAUAUUUUCAUUGAUUUAGUACGCCUUGAUAAUGGAGCAUUAAACUCUGUCAGUAAUAUUGUACAAAUACAGCUUAAACCCACAAAAAGAGGCUUUUGGGUUCCAUUAGUUUUUAAUGAAUACGAUAUCUUGGUUUAUACCAAAAAAGAAGUAUCCCUUUACUGUGAAGUAGUAUGUACAGUUCGAGUUCCAUCUCCAACUAAGCCAUUUGCCUUGAAAACGACAAAAAUUGCAGAAGGUCAGUUGAAAUUAGUUUCAUAUACUCAUGGAGAGUUCAUUCCUAUUGAAGAUCAAGUCAUAAAUCUUCAACUAACAAGAAAUAAAAAGCGUCCUCCGGAUAGCGAAGCAGUUAAUUUCAAUUUCGAGAUUAUUUCAAAACCAGUUCGCUACAAUGACCUUCCAAAAGACUUUAUUACAUCAACAGAAUCAAUAAUGGCCUAUGAUAUGGUCUACAAAUACCUUCGCCAGGCUUUUGAUCCGUUUAAUUCAAGAUUCAACCUUUUACCAACAGAAUUAUACGAAGUACUGAUGUUCUGGGAGAUCACAAAGAACGACAGAGCUAUGCAAAGGCUUCUAAAAACUUGGGAUAAAAACGAUGUUAUCUCAUUACUGAGACUUUGCAGAGCAUACUACAUGUGCACAAAACUAGUACUUCCUAUGGGCCCAUUUCCUGCUUAUUCCAUCAUGGAAAGCAAGGACAGCAAAACCGAGAAAUGCGCAAACAGCGUUGAACACACAAAAGUAUUCUCUGACUUAGGAUUUAAGCCAUUCCACACAGAUGAACUGAGAAAAAGCUUGAUUCUAGAUUCAGCAGCUGUUUGGGAUUAA